AUUCUAAAGUAAUUUGCCUCAGUGGAUCAGGUGAGAGGGGAGAGUUAUCAACCAGUAUACACUAUUUGGGUGGUUUGCUAUAGAGUUUCUAUUUCAUCUAGUAAUAUUCUUGGUGUAAGUUGAGAAAUUUACUUAAAAGAAAAGUCAGUGCCAUGGUGGCCCACAUCUGGAAUCCUGACAGUUGGAGGACCAGACACAGGAAGAUCAUCACAACUUGAGCCCACCAGAUCUAGAUAGUGAAUUCCAGACAAGAUAGUAAAAUCUUGUUUCAAAAAAAAAUAAUCAGGAGUCUUUUUAAAGAAACAGCUUAAUAACAAAUUCUUUAGAAAUGAUAGGCUGAGCUGGGCAGUGGUGGCACGCAUCUUUAAUCCCAGCACUUAGGAGGCAGAGGCAGGAGGAUUUCUGAGUUCAAGGCCAACCUGGUCUACAGAGUGAGUUCCAGGACAGCCAGGGCUACACAAAGAAACUGUCUCGAAAAACCAGAAAAAAAAAAAAGUUAGGCUGAUAUUUUUCAGUUGAUUAACAUUGUAAUAAGGCUUUCAGGAAGAGGAGACGAGUGGAGCAUUUGCAUUUAUAAAAUUGCAUUCCAUGUACUUUUUCCAUAAUCCUAAAGGACUGGGAAAUAGAACUACCUCUUGGACUAGCAUCCUGUUCCUUUGAUUUACUCUAGAGUGGGUAACAUAAAAAAGUAAAAAAAAUAAAUAAAUAAGGUUCUGGACUUUGAAGUCACUGUCUAGGAAGAGGCCAUUCUGUUUUGUAGGUAUACUUAUCUAACAUGGAGAUUUCUAAAUCCUUGGGGCCCAGUUAAUACAGUACUUUGAAGUUUUGAUAACCAAUGCUCAGACAGUAAUAGUUGCAUUGUUUUUUCCUUCAUCAUUUAUUUCACCUUUGAAUAGGGAUAUUUCCUAGAUAGUAUAUAAAGCAGUUCAUCUUUCCUCCUUCAGUUAACUGAGGUGUUUUUCAAAGAUGGUUAUCUUGUUUAUGGGUGUAUAUGGUUUUGAACAUAGUAUUUUCCACCUGAAAUUUGUAAUUGUCAAUUUCACUCUAGAUUUUCUCAUAUUAAACUUGAGAUUUUUAUUCCAUUAAUUACAGCAGCACCAAUAGAUGUGUGGAACAAAUAUCUGUAGUAGACAGCAGCAUAAUUGUCUGUCUGCAUGUGCUUAAGAUAAUUUUCCACUUGAUCACCAAGAUGGAGAACUCAGAUUCUAACGAUAAAGGAAGUGACCAGUCUGCAGCUCAGCGCAGAAGUCAAAUGGAUCGCUUGGAUCGGGAAGAGGCUUUCUAUCAAUUUGUGAAUAAUCUCAGUGAAGAAGAUUAUAGACUUAUGAGAGACAACAAUUUGCUGGGCACCCCAGGUGAAAGUACUGAGGAAGAGUUGCUCAGAAGACUACAACAAAUUAAAGAGGGUCCACCACCACAGAGCCCCGAUGAAAAUAGAGCUGGAGAGUCUUCAGAUGAUGUGACCAACAGUGAUUCUAUAAUAGAUUGGCUUAACUCAGUCAGACAGACUGGAAAUACAACAAGAAGUGGUCAGAGAGGAAACCAGUCCUGGAGAGCAGUGAGCCGGACUAAUCCAAACAGCGGUGAUUUCAGAUUCAGUUUAGAGAUAAAUGUUAACCGUAACAAUGGAAGCCAAACUUCCGAGAAUGAAAGUGAACCAUCCACUAGGCGUCUUAGUGUAGAAAACAUGGAGAGCAGCAGCCAAAGGCAAAUGGAAAAUUCUGCAUCUGAAUCAGCAUCGGCCAGACCUUCUCGAGCGGAGCGCAAUUCAGCUGAAGCAGUAACAGAAGUGCCGACCACCAGAGCUCAGAGGAGGGCAAGAAGCCGGAGCCCAGAGCAUCGGAGAACCAGAGCAAGAGCUGAAAGAAGCAGGUCCCCUCUGCAGCCAACAAGUGAAAUUCCACGAAGAGCUCCGACCUUGGAGCAGUCUUCGGAAAACGAGCCUGAAGGAAGUUCUAGAACCCGGCACCAUGUGACCCUGAGACAGCAGAUAUCUGGACCGGAGUUGUUAGGUAGAGGUCUUUUUGCAGCUUCUGGAUCAAGAAACCCCUCUCAGGGGACAAGCUCUUCAGACACAGGUAGCAAUAGUGAAUCCUCAGGAUCUGGCCAAAGACCUCCAACCAUAGUUCUUGAUCUUCAAGUAAGAAGAGUUCGUCCUGGAGAAUACCGGCAGAGAGAUAGUAUAGCUAGCAGAACUCGAUCAAGAUCUCAGGCUCCGAACAACACAGUUACUUAUGAAAGUGAACGUGGAGGUUUUAGGCGUACCUUUUCCCGUUCUGAACGUGCAGGUGUGAGAACCUAUGUGAGUACUAUCAGGAUUCCUAUUCGCAGAAUCUUAAAUACUGGAUUAAGUGAAACUACAUCUGUUGCAAUUCAAACCAUGUUAAGGCAGAUAAUGACAGGCUUUGGUGAGCUAAGCUACUUUAUGUACAGUGACAGUGAUUCAGAGCCUAGUGCCUCAGUCUCCAGCCGAAAUGUGGAGAGAGUAGAGUCACGGAAUGGAAGAGGGAGCUCUGGUGGCGGUAACAGCUCUGGUUCCAGUUCCAGCUCAAGUCCUAGCCCCAGUUCAAGUGGUGAAAGUUCCGAGAGUAGCUCAGAGAUGUUCGAAGGCAGUAGUGAAGGAGGCUCGUCUGGCCCAUCCAGAAGAGAUGGUCGACAUAGGGCCCCAGUCACAUUUGAUGAAAGUGGCUCUCUGCCAUUCCUUAGUCUGGCUCAGUUUUUUCUUUUAAAUGAAGAUGAUGAAGACCAACCUAGAGGACUCACUAAAGAACAGAUCGAUAACUUGGCAAUGAGAAGCUUUGGUGAAAAUGAUGCAUUGAAAACGUGUAGUGUUUGCAUUACAGAAUACACAGAAGGCAACAAACUUCGUAAACUACCUUGCUCCCAUGAGUACCACGUCCACUGCAUCGACCGCUGGUUGUCUGAGAAUUCCACCUGUCCCAUUUGUCGCAGGGCAGUCUUAUCUUCUGGGAACAGAGAAAGUGUUGUGUGAUGAGACCAGAACUCUGAGCUGUGUAGCUGGAAUAGUGAUGGGCAAACAAAUCACCUGCUUUAUGUCCACUUUUUUUUUUGAGUGGUGCUUAAAAUAUAAAGUCACAAGCUGAAUUGAGUCAUUGCUUUCUUAGGGUAUCAUGCCUUUUCUCUAGUUUCUCUUUCAGGAUGGAAAGAAUAUUUUAAAAACAACAUUUUAGGACUUAAACAUUUGAUUUCGGUACCAGAUGAAUUGCUAACCUGUUACUGAUAAUUUACCCAUGUCCACUUGUCAGUUUUUCCUUUGUUGUCUUAAGGGCCGCCUUAGCAGUGGCUCCUUUCUAUAUUCUAUAUCCCAUUGACCUCUUUUGAAAGUUUCCCAGGCCAUAAGAGAGGCAUGAAGAAAGUCCCCACUCAAGACUAAGUUCCAUUCUUUGUUUUGAAAGUGAUUAACUAAAACUAUACCAUUCCCAGUUAUUGACACAAAUUCAUUCACAUUCUGAAUAUUGUUUGUUCACCUUCCAGAGUAGGUGAUGAUGGACAUAUCAGUGUAAAUAACACUAAACAGUUAGGAUCUUUUAAAUGUAUUAACUGUCCUAAGCCCAUCACUGUGGCACACAAUAGAGCGAAUUUAGAGUUUAAUUGAGAUAUUUAUCUUGUGGAAAUAUUAAAAAGCCUAUGCUUGUGUAAGUGAAAAAAAUCACAUUCAUUUGUUUAAAAAUGUAAAGCUAUUUUGUAGAGGCUCAGUACUUUUCCAAUGCACUGUUGUAUUAAUGCAUUCAAAAUUGUAAAGUACCAUGCUUAGAAAUGAGAACUGCUUUUUUGUGAGCCAGCAUAGUAAAACAAACACACCAAACAAAGUACGAAGCUGCUUUUGUAAGUGUGUAGAUGUCAAGAGCAGAACAUAUCUAUAUUUAGUGUAUUUGUGAACAGCUACUGUGACAUGAAAAGGAAAGGACCGUGCAGAACCCAGCUGCAUUGAAGACCAAUGGAGAGCAUGUAUUUUAACUUGGAUUUAGGCAGGAAGUGAUACAUGAUGGUGAAGAAAACGGCCCUGAAGAAUGGACCAUAUUCAUGAAGACAGUAAGUAAUACAGACGUGAACUGGAUUCCUACAGUGAGAGCCACAGCAGCCCGACCCACUGUUCUGUUUGAAUAGAUGAAGCAGAAGAUGAGUACAUUUGGCAGAGCUUUCUUGGGUGUUUGAAAAAGAAGCCACUACUACCUAGUACAAGUUAAAUUGAUGUCUUUACAAUCUGCUCCUCAAAAACAAGUAGAGGAAAGAGACUUAAGCCAAUUUUAAAGUAAGGUUUUCAGUUGGUACAGAUGUGUGUGCUAUUGGAAAUGUCUCGGAUUUGCUUGUUUGAGACCUUCUAAGGUACCAGUGCACACUUAGUUGCUUAUUUCACUCUUAUGUCUAGCAGAUCUAAUGGGCCACAAAGACCUGUUGUGAAUUAAGAGAUUUUUAUUUUUUAUUGAAAGGAAGUCAUGUUGGGUUAUUUGAGAUUCAAAUUUUAAUUGUGUUGCCGUAUUUGAAGAUAAGGUGGCUGUCUCAUAUCUGUGAACACGCACUUUAUUGUUGUUUUGUAGGAAGAAUAGAUUGUGAUAACCCCAGUACUCUUGCCUCAGGUGGGUUUUUUUUUUUUUUUUGAGGCUGAUUGGGGUUAAGAUUAGUUUGGCUGUGGAGCAGAUCUGUAAAAUGUUUCUCUCUGGGGAAAGCUAACAGGCCAGAAGAGACCUGGAUUGAGCAUAUACAAUCUUGGUCUUUAACCAAAUGAGCUAACUACCCAGGUUAGUCCAGUACUCUAGAAAAUGUUUUACACAAAUCUGCUUUAGGAAUUACCUGCUUACCCUCACUGAUAUUGCCUUAGCAGUAAAGAUUAUUUCAAAGUACAUUCUUUCAUGUUUUCUUCUGGCUUUCAGUCCUACCUAAGUAUUAAGGAAAGUAAAUUGUAAAUAUCGUAGUUGUUUACAAAGGAUAUGUACUGCUCUUGCAAGGAAAUAAUGUCCAAACAAAGCUUCACUUAUUUUUUUUAAUAGAAGCAUAUUUCACUGUUUAUGGCGCUUAUGUAAUACAUUUUUAUCUUUUUAAAAAGAAUUGUCCAUGUAAAAGUCAGGGUUCCUUUAUAUUUGUGAGCCUCCUUGUCACCUUUCCCUGGUUUUCGGAUCUGCAGGAUAGUCCUGGUUAAGUAAAAAUACAUCCCGUUUUCCUCUUGAUAAAAUGUUCCAUUGUAGAGGGAUUCAUUUUCUAUAGCUCAAAAACAGCUGCAGCACAUUCUAAACACAGUGAUGGACAGCAGGCACCUCCCUAACCUCCCCAAAUGUAUUACUCAUCUCUGAAGUAUUGAAGUUAGAGGGAACUCAAUCAGGAUACUGGUUAUGAAUGUAGAUGUUGAAGCUAUUCAAAAACACUGGAAGUCAGUCUUUACAUUUCUAGCCUUGUUUGAUCUGCAUGUGGACUAUUUCAAGAAGCACUCGUAGACAUUGGGCUGUCUAGAAUGGAUACAAGUAUUUUUAGUGGGAGUUGCUUUUUUUAUUUUGGUGUCCACAGCUAUUCUAUAUUACUAGUUGCAGCUGUUAAAGAUGAGGUUGUUGGUGUAGGUGUCAGGUGUGCAAUGAAGAACAGGAAUCUUGGUUUCCUCACCAGUGUCCAAAUGCCUAUUCUUGAGGGAACAUUUUCUUGCGAAAGACUUUACAUUUCGUUUUGGAUCUUCGCACUUUUUCUUUAUUACAGAAAGGUUCUGUGUUUAAGACCUACUUUGAACUUCAUGCAGUAAUGUUGGGGGAUUACAUUGUUCAAAGCAUAGGGGAAAGUACUAAAGCCUGAUUUUCCUUGAAUUUUUAAUUGUUUUAAUCCACUUACUAGUGUAAAGGUUUGCAGUGUUUUAUUUUAUUCCACACAGCUUACAAUGUUGAGAUUUAUUAGUGCUGAAAACAAAAUUUAACAUGUUAAGAAUGGCAGGCUGUUUGUAGUAACCAUGCAGAAUAAGCUGUGGUGGGAAUUUGGAACAUUUUCUCUGAAAAAGAACAUGUUAGUUGCACUGCCCUGACCUCCAUAUAAAUGGAGGUGGCUUUGGUGGGGAGAGGGAGAAGGCUCACAUGCUAGUGUUGGAACAGGUAAUUGUCAGUUUGAUAACAAAAGGUUAGUGCCAGGAGAUGCUCGGUCUCUAGGGCACAGUUGUUAGACUCCAUCCAAGCUAGGGAACUGGUUUGCUCUGUUACCUUAAGCAAUAUUUUGCUUUGUUUUUGUUUUUGUUUUUUUUUCUCCUGGGAAAACUUUGUUUCUGUUCCAAGUAUUCUCUGCUUUUAUCAAUGUCUUAUAGUUAUGAAGGGUUAGCAUUUAGCACAUUUUGUAUUUAACCACCUGCUUCUAUGAAUGAGUCUCCAGAUAACCAUGUGAUAAAGAGGUCUAUGUUACAAAAUGACUGUUAAAGGCCAUUUCUGACAGUUUGCUAGAAUACAGUGGCACCUUGUGGUUGACUUUUUUUUUAACAGAUGGAGGAUAGUUCUUUUGUGAAAGGAAAUAAUUUGUAAUCUGCCUUAGCUGAUUUAAUGUUUUUUCUUACUGGCUUCCGUGUCACACGUCUUAACCAAAAAUAUACAGUACCUGGAAGCCAUGUUGCAGGGCACUUAGAUUCUUGGCUAAUCUAAGAUUUUUCACUCUCUGGAAGUAUUCUUUCUAUACCUGUGUAACGAGGUGGAGAAGGCACAUGUGAAGGUGUUUCUUUUUCCCCUUUAGUACAGUUCAAUAUGUCUAAUGCACAGUAACAGUGUUGUUAUUGAGUUAACUAGUAAAUGGUUCUUCUAAAAAAUUUUUUUAAGUGUAUGUUGAUGUAUCAUGGGAAGUUAAAGUGCAAGAUCUGGGGAAAGAAUAUUUUUAAGUUCAGUUUAAUAAAAACAGUUGUGAGCUCAAUCAAUAGCCACCCUUUAAAUUUUUUAGCAUUGAGUUACCUUUCUUGAGGUAAGAUCUUGCUGUGUGCUCACAGCUGGCCUGGAACUCUGUGGACCAGGCUGGCUUUAGAUUUGUGGCAGUCCUUGUGCCUCUGCCUCUUUCUUGAAUGUUAGGAAUGCAGGUACUUAGCACUCAAAUUCACCUUCAUUGGAACAUUUCUAAAAUACUAUCCAACACUCCAGGAAGUGGCCUCCUGUAAGUCGCCAUAGUUUGUAUCUAAAAGCCCACAGCUUAGAAUAGAACUACCGGGGUUUUUGUUUUUUGUUUUUUUUUAAGUAUCAGGUUUAUGAUUUUUUUUUCAUGUCCAUGUAGAUGUCUGGAUUCAAAUCUUAAAAAGGUUACCAACCACUCAAAAUUACAGUGAGAUACAUGGGACAAUUUGCUUUGGGUAUUUUGAGAGGGUCUUGUUUUGUAGCCCAGGCUGGCCUGGAAUUAGUGAUCCUCCUGAUGACUGGGAUUAUAGUUAUGUGUCACCCCAACCCAGCAAGGAUUUGUUUACUGAAGUCCCACAGCUGCUUUAUAAUCAUUUGGGAAAGCAGCUAGAGAUGCGCAGUGAAAGUGAACCCUGUCAUACAUACCACUGUGCCUUGUUUCAAGGUCUGUCUUAGUUCUCAUUCUCAAGAUUGUUUCCAGUUGCAAGUUAGAGGCAAGCCAGCUAGCUGCCCAGCCUUAACUCUGUUCAGUGCCCUGUUACUAACAUUUUUUAACAGAUUGGUUUCUACAUGUUUAAAGUAUCCAGCGUUGGAUUUUACCUCUUGCUAGUUCCAUUUGUCCCUGGUGCUGCUUUUAAAGGUAUAGGGCCCUGUGAAGUGUCCAGUGGAGUAGGUACGCAGUUGGCCUGGUUAUAUGGAAAAGCUGCUUUGGAAUAGAUGUUUACUUGGGUUCCUGUGCAGAACUGGGCAGCAAUCCUGGAAAGCUCUGUAAAGCCCAUAAGAAAGGAUUUGAAGAGGGCUGCGCUUAAGUCUUUGAACAUGAAGCACAUGUGUGCAUGCUGUCAAAAGACUGGAGUGAUUGUCAUACCAGGGCCUGACCUCCAGGAGACACUUUGAAAAGGCAACAGAGGAGCACCAAGGGAAGUGAAUUUGCUUGGCUUGCUUUGUCUGCUUUCUCGUUUCCUUACCAUUUGCACCUGAAAGAAACACCCUUCUCCGGUAUCUGAUCCAGCAAACUUGGUUGGGAAACCCUGUGUUGAAUUUUGAGAAUGUACCCAACUUUUUGUACAGCGCUUUACACCUGCUAAAAUUUACCUUGUUUAAUGCAGAAAGAGACCUUGAAAGGUCAGUCAUGAAAUCUGGUUUGAUUAUUAAUAGCUAUCUUUUAGGAAGAAGCUUUUUCCCUAUGUACGAUGUCAUACUGCAGACUUAAAAUAUAGACUAUCAAUAAAAUGCAUGAAGUGA